AUGAAUCAAACUCCAAAGAAAGUGAUUCCAGAGAAGCCCUGCGACUAUACAUUGCAAGACGCGCAAACGCUCGACGAGAAUCGGACAGAUUGCGUACAGUGCGACCGCCGGAACGGCGAUGAAAGUAUGGUGCAGUGUGAUGGUUGUCAGUUAUGGUGGCAUUUCUCGUGUGCUGGCGUUUCCGGUUCGAUCAAGGAUCGAUCAUGGUCAUGCACUAAAUGCCAUGUGGACUGCCGAGAGAGUAUCGCAUCUACGUCCCGAAGAUCGCGAAUGUCUAAUAAAUCAGCAAAAGUAAAUUUACAGCUUGAGAAGCUGGAGAAGCUCCAAGCCAUCGAAACCAAGUUCGUCGAAGAAAAAUAUAAAUUGCUCGAGUCUCAUCUGGAGCCUGAAGACGAACACGGUAGUGUCCUGAGCAAGCGUAGCCGGACUAGCAAGCAGAGUAGGCUUUCUCGUAUCGCAACUUGGGUGAGUAAAUGUGCAGAGCAGGAGGAGGAAGCAGAGGUUCCUACAUCGAAGGACGCCACUCCAAUGCCGCCAGUGCCUCCCACAUACGUGAACGCCGUUGCAGUAAGCAGUCAUAUUCCGCACCAGCAGCAGCUACCGGUUAACGAUAUACAUCAGAGGCCCUUGGAACGUCCAUCGCUGCCUAAGCAACGUUCUGCGCCUCCCUCAAUGAUCUUCGUGCCGGAAUUUGGAAAAUCGGAAACAGAUCCGAAACAGUACGAACAACCAACAAGACAUGCUGUUUUCAACAGAAUAGCAGAAACAGUUCCUCUGGCACAAUCUACCCCAGGACCUGUGCAACUCAUCGAGCAGCAUCCCACCUUGGAAGCGACCAACGUUCCUGCGCUACUGAUUAAUUCACCUGAUCCUGAACGUGUAUCAACCGAUUCGCCAGCAAUAAUGCCAGUAUUCGUGAGAGCUCGUGAACCGGAGUCAGCAUUGCCGCCCCCAACCACAUUCGCAUCAGCUCCUGCAGCCCUUGGACCCGAGUUGGCUCCUCCACCACCGGUUCCAGCGGUGAACCCGUUUAUCACAACUGUACCACAAACUCACCUCGCAUCUUUACCAAGAGAAGUAUCUUUCCCUGUGCCACCAGGUAGGUCAGAUAAUAAUCCGAUGCAAACGAAUAUACCACCAAACAUCAACGAUGUGAACAUUGAACAUCUAAUGAAACAAUUCGGUAGUAUUGCUUUGUCACCCUCGCAAUCGCCAUUGUUUAACAUGAAUUUAGCCACCUUUGCCCCUACCCCCUCGCAGUUAGCCGCCAGGCAAGUCAUGCCGCGGGAUUUACCCCUAUUUUCUGGAAAUCCAGCUGAUUGGCCAGUUUUUAUGAGUAGCUUUAUAAACACAACAUUAACUUGUGGGUUCUCAAGCGCUGAAAACAUUUGCCGCCUUCAACGUAGCCUGAAGGGCGCCGCAUACGAAGCUGUUCAAAGCCGUUUGCUCCUUCCUGAAUCCGUCCCCCAUAUCAUGGAGACGCUUCAGUUGCUUUACGGUCGGCCUGAACUACUAAUAUCAGCCCUCCUGGAAAAGGUGCGAGCAACGCCUCCGCCUAAAAUGGAAAGAUUCCAAACCAUCAUUGACUUUGGAAUGUCUAUUCAAACUCUAUGCGAUCAUUUAGAAGUCGCCGGUCAAAGCACACAUCUGUCAAACCCCUCUCUUCUCGCGGAACUCGUCGCCAAACUUCCCCCUCAUCUUCAAAUGGAGUGGGGUUCGUAUCUUCAGGGAUUCCCUGAAGUUAAUCUUAAAACCUUUGGAUAUUUUAUGUCGAGUGUAGUGAAAGCUGUGAGCAAAGUGACCGUAUAUGCCAACAGCAGUGUGAAAUCAGGUGCAAUCGUGAAGAAUACUAUGCACACAAAAGGAAAUAUGAACACGCAUCAAGGUGAUAUGGAAGACAGUGCUAGUAUCCCGUCGUUUACCAACCGAGAGGAGGCAAGGCCAUGUCCAGCUUGUAAAGAUACCGGUCAUCGGAUCCAGAACUGUUCAACCUUCACAUCCCUUUCUGUCGCGGACCGUUGGAAGUAUGUGCAAUCCGGUGGACUGUGUCGAAACUGUUUGAACGCUCACGGCAGAAGAAGUUGUAGAAAACCGUCCAACUGCGGAAUAAACGGAUGUGAGUUCCGCCAUCAUCCACUUCUACAUUCAUCGCGUAGUAGUUCAGAUGUAAAGGCCUUAGUAAAUACUGCAGAAAAUCAUUCACAUCGAUUAGUGAAACAGACACUACUUUUCAGGAUAAUACCUGUCACAUUACAUGGACCCAAAGGAGCUGUGGACACCUUCGCGUUCUUAGACGAUGGUUCAUCCUUGACACUAAUCGAAGAUAGUUUAGCUAGGGAGCUUGGCGUAGAUGGUGUAACGAUGCCUCUAUGCCUAUUGUGGACUGCCAACGUAACCAGAGUGGAGAAAGAAUCGCAGUUGAUAUCACUGGCCGUUUCUUCAACUGGAGGAAGGAAAUUUACUUUGGAGGAGGUUCAAACGGUUAAAGAAUUGUCGCUACCCACGCAGUCACUAUCGUAUGAAUAUCUCUCGAAGCAGUAUACUCAUCUUAAAGGAAUACCUGUCAUAAGCUAUUCAAAAGCUGUUCCAAAACUUCUAAUUGGAGUCAACAACUUGAACUUGAUGGUUCCACUGAAAAUUCGCGAAGGAUCCAGACAAGAGCCAAUCGCCACAAAAACGAGACUUGGUUGGUGUAUCUACGGAGGCAGAGCAAGCAACGGUCAAAAAUUAUCUGUCAAUUGCCAUGCUUGCGGAUGUGAGUCAGAUCAAGCUCUUCAUGACAUCGUCAAGGAAUUCGUUACCAUGGAUGAAGUCGGAGUUUUACCUGGGACUCCACUAUUGUCGAAAUCCGAUGAACGUGCUCAACAAUUGUUGCAGGAUACUACAGUUCGAGUAGGCAGUCAUUUUGAAACCGGCCUACUUUGGAAGUUCGACCAUAUAGAAUUGCCGGAUAGCUAUAAUAUGGCUCUACGUCGACUUGAAUGCUUGGAGAGAAGAAUGCAUCGUAAUCCAGAUCUGAAGCAGGUUUUACAACGACAAUUGGAAGACUACCAAUCCAAAGGCUACGCCCAUCGAGCAACCGAAAAAGAACUGAACAGCGCAGACUUGCGACGGGUAUGGUAUUUGCCACUAGGAGCUGUAGUGAACCCUCGGAAGCCCACAAAGGUACGCAUGAUUUGGGAUGCUAGAGCGGCCGUAAACGGAAUUUCUCUCAAUUCCGUUCUAUUAAAGGGCCCAGAUCAGCUGAUAUCACUUCCCGGUGUACUCGUACGCUUCCGCCAGUUCAACGUAGCCGUUUCGGCUGACAUAAGAGAAAUGUUCCAUCAAAUUCUCAUACGGAAGGAAGAUCGCAACUCUCAAAGAUUUCUUUGGCGCAAUAAUCCCUCCGAGACUCCCGAUAUGUUCCUCAUGGAUGUAGCGACCUUUGGCUCCACGUGCUCACCGGCAUCAGCGCAAUUCAUCAAAAACAAGAACGCCGCAGAAUUCAAAGAACUGUAUCCGCGAGCUGUUGAAGGUAUAGUGAAGAACCACUACGUGGACGACUCUCUGGAGAGCUACGAGUCCGUGGAAGACGCUAUUAAAGUAUCACGGGAAAUGCGCCUCGUCCAUGAGCAAGGUGGCUUCGAGCUGAGGAACUGGCUGUCCAAUAACAACGCGGUUUUGGAAGGUUUGGGUGAAACAAACCUCGGGGAAGAUAAAUCGUUUGCGGCGGAUAAACACAAUGACCCCGAACGAGUUCUUGGUCUCCUGUGGUCAACACAAGAAGAUACCUUCAGUUUCGCAACCGAGAUGAAGCAGGAAAUUGUUGACUUGCUCAACAGCAAUGAAAGUCCUACGAAAAGACAGCUGCUAAGAUGUUUGAUGUCGCUUUUCGAUCCGCUAGGUCUGCUAAGUCUGUUUGUAGUACACGGGAAGAUCUUACUGCAAGAGGUGUGGAGAUCUGGAACACAUUGGGAUGAAAAAGUGAAGAAUGAGCUACACCAAAGGUGGAAAAAAUGGAUCAACCUGUUAGUCGACGUUCGUGACCUGAAAAUACCUCGCUGCUACUUCCCAGGCGCAACUCAUCAGCGCUACAGGGAUCUACAACUCCACAUAUUCGUGGACGCCAGUGAAUCUGCGUAUUGUGCGGCGGCGUAUUUCCGAACUCUGAACCCUGACGGAUUACCGGAAUGCAUACUGGUUGCGGCGAAGACAAAGGUUACCCCCUUGAAGACCCAAUCAGUACCACGGUUAGAGCUUUUGGCCGCAGUUCUUGGGGGUCGAUUAGCACAGUUCAUCAACGAAAACCACACACUAUCCAUCACCAGGAAAGUCCUGUGGAGUGACUCAGCUACCGUAUUAGCCUGGCUACGGUCUGACCAUCGUCGCUACAAACAAUUUGUCGCCUGCAGAAUCGGAGAAUUGCUGACCAUCUCCGAUGUAACGAACUGGCGUUGGGUUCCCUCUAAGCAAAAUCCGGCGGACCUUGCGACAAAGUGGGGAAAUGGACCAGAUCUGUCUGCAAACAGUGUUUGGUUCAAGGGCCCCUCGUUUCUACGGCUGGCAGAAACAGAAUGGCCGAAAGAAAACCUGUCCAGCAAACAAACUGACGAAGAGUUACGUCCCUGUUAUGCUCAUAAAGCAAAUCCGAUUCCCGAACGCUUGGUCGAAAUGGAACGUUUCUCUAAACUAACCAGAGCCAUUCGUGCUGUAGCCUAUGUAUACCGAUUCAUAGGAAAUUUGAAACAAAAUAUUGUUGGAAAAGAACGUUUAGCAGGUCCAUUGACAUCCGAAGAGCUCCAAAAAGCGGAAAACCUUUUAAUCCGUGAGGCACAGUGGCAAAGAUAUCCGGAUGAGAUGAUGGUGCUGAUACGCAAUAGGACAAAGCCGAUCUACGAAAAAACAGGCGUAGGAAAAAACAGUUCUCUGUAUCAACUUUGCCCCACUUUAGAUGAGCAAGGUAUUCUUCGAGUGGAUGGCAGAAUCGGAGCGGCACCAAAUGUAGAGAAGGAUACCAAAUACCCCAUAAUUCUACCGAGCAAUCAUCCGCUGACAUAUUUGGUUUUAGAUAACUAUCAUCGUAGAUAUCAUCACGGUAACUCAGAAACAGUAGUGAACGAGGUUCGGCAGCAUUAUCAUGUAUCAGCACUCCGGUCGGCAGUCAGAAAAGUAGCGAAAGCAUGCCAGUGGUGUCGAGUUCACAAGAGCCAACCGAAUAUUCCACGUAUGGCACCGUUGCCUCUCGCAAGGAUUGCGUCGUUUGUACGACCGUUUACGUAUAUUGGUUUGGAUUUUUUUGGACCCCUGACGGUGAAGAUUGGAAGGAGCAAUGCAAAACGCUGGAUAGCUCUGUUCACGUGUUUGACAAUACGUGCAGUUCAUGUUGAAGUGGCUCAUAGCUUAUCAACGGAUUCCUGCAUGAAAUGUAUUCGUCGGUUCAUCUGUCGCCGAGGAUCACCAGCCGAGAUUUAUUCGGAUAACGGGACAAAUUUUCAAGGCGCUGAUAGACUACUUAAGGAACAAGUUGAGAAAAUGGCUGUAACGUUCACAGGUACCGCUACCAAGUGGAUAUUCAAUCCUCCUAGCACUCCCCACAUGGGUGGUGCUUGGGAGAGGAUGGUUCGUUCGAUCAAAACGGCCGUGGAAACGGCGUACAACAAUAAUCGGAAGCUGGAUGAUGAGGCGUUGGAGACUUUCAUGGUUGAGGCAGAAGCUAUUGUGAACAGCCGUCCUCUAACAUAUCUACCACUUACAUCAGAAGAGAAUGAGGCGCUCACGCCGAACCAUUUUCUUCUAGGCAACUCAAGCGGUGCACGGCAGCCGCCCAUCGAAGCUACAAAUUCGGCGGAAGCUAUACGUUCAUCAUGGAACCAAAUACAACACCAGCUCGACAUAUUCUGGAGAAGGUGGAUUAAAGAGUACCUUCCGACGCUGACUAAGCGGCCGAAGUGGUGCGGCGAAGCAAAGGAAAUAGCUGAAGGACAGUUGGUGUUGGUUGUAGGCGAAGGAAAUCGUAAUGAGUGGACGAAAGGUCGGGUCGUUCAAGUUAUUAAAGGGGUAGACGGAAGAGCUCGGCAAGCUAUCAUACAAACUGCGAGGGGGCUCGUGCGUAGGUCGGUGGCUAGGUUGGCUGUACUGGAGGUUGAUGUGGUUGGUAAAACUGGACCUGGUGGCCAGUGUUACGGGGGAGAGAGUGUUGGUACUGGCAGCUCUGCUGGUAACGAUUCUGUAACGAUUGAGGCGGGCUGUCAUGGAAGUUGUCAAAGUGACAGUCCAAACGGUACGAAAUAA